AUGACGAACCGGACUGUGGAGGAGAUUUACCAAAAGAAGACGCAGCAUGAGCACAUCUUGGCCCGUCCUGACAUGUACAUUGGCACAAUUGAGCCCGUCACCGAUGACAUGUGGAUCUACGACGAGGCGGAGAGCGUCAUGAAGCUGCGAAAGUGCACCUGGACGCCCGGGCUCUACAAAAUCUUUGACGAGAUUCUCGUCAAUGCCGCCGACAACAAGGUGCGGGACCCGCUCGGUCAGACGGUGAUUAAGGUCUGGAUAGACGCCGAGCGGGGGAUGGUGCGGGUGUACAACAACGGCGAGGGCAUCCCUGUGCAGCGGCACCGCGAGCACAACUUGUGGGUGCCGGAGAUGAUUUUCGGCUACCUGCUGACGUCCUCCAACUACGACGACAGCGAGGCGAAGGUCACCGGGGGUCGCAACGGCUUUGGGGCGAAGCUCACCAACGUCUUUUCCUCCCGCUUUGAGGUGGAGACGGUGCACAGCCGCUCCCGCAAGAAGUUCUUCAUGCGGUGGCGGAACAACAUGCUGGAGUCGGAGGAGCCCGUCAUCACCGCGUGCGACGGGGCGGACUACACCGUCGUGACCUUCUACCCCGACUUCGCGAAGUUCAACCUGCAGGGCUUCGGCGAGGACAUGGUGCACAUGAUGCGGCGCCGCGUCUACGACGUGGCGGGCUGCACAGACAAGUCGCUGCGCUGCUACCUCAACGACACGAAGAUAGCCUGCUCCUCCUUUCUCGAGUACGUCGACCUCUACCCCAUGAUGGGCGAGGAGCGGAAGACGGCGAGCUACGCCCGCGUGAAUGACCGCUGGGAGGUGUGCGUGCGGGUGUCAAACAUCGGCUUCCAGCAGGUGAGCUUCGUCAACUCCAUCGCCACCACGCGGGGCGGCACCCACGUGCGGUAUAUCACCGACCAAGUCAUUGCGAAGGUGACGGAGCAGGCGAAGCGCAAGAGCAAGACGGAGGUGAAGCCGCACAUGAUUCGGCCCCACCUCUUCGUCUUUAUCAACUGCCUCGUGGAGAACCCCGGCUUUGACUCGCAGACGAAGGAGACGCUGAACACCCCUCGGGCCCGCUUUGGCUCCACCUGCGAACUCCCCCCCUCCAUGAUUGACUGCAUCCUGAAGUCGAGUGUGGUGGAGCGGGCGGUGGAGAUGGCGAACAGCAAGCUGACGCGUGAAAUAUCCUCUAAGCUGCGCAACGCCGACCGCAAGCAGAUCCUGGGCAUUCCCAAGCUGGACGACGCCAAUGAGGCGGGCGGAAAGCACGGCCACCGUUGCACCCUCAUCCUCACCGAGGGCGACUCUGCCAAGGCGCUUUGCACGGCCGGACUCGCCGUCAAGGACCGCGACUACUUUGGCGUCUUUCCGUUGCGUGGGAAACCCCUCAACGUGCGUGACGCCACACUGAAGAAAGUCAUGGCGUGUGCGGAGUUUCAGGCGAUCAGUAAGAUUAUGGGACUUGAUAUUUCCAAAAGGCACGACAGUGUGGAGGGACUUCGCUACGGGCACCUGAUGAUUAUGUCCGACCAGGAUCAUGAUGGUUCCCACAUCAAGGGGCUCAUUAUCAACAUGAUUCACCACUACUGGCCGGGUUUACUGAAGGCGCCUGGGUUUCUGCAGCAGUUCAUCACGCCGAUUGUCAAGGCGCGUAGGAAAGGACGCGGCGACGGCGACGACCGCGCCGUUUCUUUCUUCUCCAUGCCAGACUACUUUGAGUGGAAGAACGCCAUUGGCGACGGCAUCAGGAACUACGAGAUACGGUACUACAAGGGUCUGGGUACCUCCGGCGCGAAGGAGGGACGCGAGUACUUUGAGAACAUCGAUCGUCACCGCCUCGACUUUGUGCGCGAGGACGCGAGCGAUGAGGCCCGCAUUGUCAUGGCCUUCGCGAAGGAUAAGGUGGAGGAGCGCAAGCACUGGAUCACGCAAUUUAAGGCGAACACCAACGUGAAUGAGUCGAUGAACUACAACGUCCGGACUGUGCGGUACUCGGAGUUCGUGGACAAGGAGCUGAUUCUCUUCUCGGUGGCCGACUGCGAGCGCUCCAUCCCGAGCGUGAUUGACGGCCUGAAGCCCGGCCAGCGCAAGAUUCUCUUUUCCUCGUUUAAGCGCAACCUCACCCGGUCCAUCAAGGUGGUGCAGCUCGCCGGUUACGUCUCUGAGCACGCGGCGUACCACCACGGGGAGCAGUCGCUGGUGCAGACCAUCGUUGGGCUCGCCCAGGACUUUGUGGGCGCCAACAACGUUCCACUGCUGCAGCAGGACGGUCAGUUUGGUACCAGGCUCCAGGGCGGCAAGGACCACGCCGCGGGGCGUUACAUCUUCACUCGCCUCACAGACCUGGCGCGCUGCAUUUACCACGCCUCGGACGACUUUGUCGUCGACUACAAGGACGACGACGGCCUCUCCGUGGAGCCGUUUUACUACGUCCCGGUGAUCCCCAUGGUGCUGGUGAACGGCACCUCCGGCAUCGGGACGGGGUUUGCGACGAACAUCCCCAACUACUCCCCUCUUGACGUCAUCGACAACUUGAUGCGGCUGCUGCGGGGGGAGGAGGUGCGGCCGAUGAAGCCGUGGUACUUUGGCUUCACCGGCACCAUUGAGGAGAGGGAAAAGGGGAAGUUUGUCUCCCUGGGCUGUGCCACCGUGCGGCCGGACGGCGUUGUGCACAUCACCGAGCUGCCCAUUGGGACCUGGACGCAGGCGUACAAGAAGUUUCUGGAGGAGCUGCGUGAGAAGGAGGUGGUGGUGCAGUACCGCGAGCACAACACCGACGUGACGGUGGACUUCGAGGUCUUUCUGCACCCCGAGGUGCUCCGGCAGUGGGUGGCGCAGGGCUGCGUGGAGGAGAAGCUGCAGCUGCGUGAGUACAUCCACGCGACGAACAUCAUCGCCUUCGACAGGGAGGGGCAGAUCACAAAGUACUUCGACGCGGAGGCGGUGUUAAAGGAGUUUUAUUUGGUGCGCCUCGAGUACUACGCGAAGCGGCGGGACUUUUUGAUCGGUGACCUGCGCGCCGUCGCGUCCAAGCUGGAGAACAUGGUUCGCUUCGUGACGGAGGUGGUGGACGGCCGCCUCGUCGUCACGCGGCGGCGCAAGCGGGAGCUGCUGGAGGAGUUGCGUCAGCGCGGCUACGCCCCGUUUCCGCCGCACCAAAAGAAGAAGAUGAGCUCCACCACAAUUCAACAGGAAGAGGGCGCGGAGGACGCCACCUCCGAGGACGUCCUUCUCAUGCUGCAGCCCGCGCUGGAUGCGGAGGGGGACGCGGACGGCGGCGAGGCCCCCGAAGUGCGGCAGGCCGCGCGGGACUACGACUAUUUGCUGGGCAUGCGGCUCUGGAGCUUGACGGCGGAGAUGAUUGCGCGGCUGCAGGCGCAGCUGCAGAAGGCGCGCGACGAACUCGCCACGCUGGAGAAGCGAACGCCGAAGGAUUUGUGGGUGGCGGACCUCAACCAGCUACGCCCGCGCAUUGAGAAGCUAUUCGAGGGCCGGAUGAGGGAGAUUGCCUCCAUUCGGCGGAAGAAGAUGGAGAAGAAGCGGCCGUUCGACCCACGGCGGCUGCGUGUGCCGCUGCUCUCCGACAAGGCGCGGCAGACGCUCGCGAAGGAAGUCGUGAAGGCCGAGAAGAAAGUUGGACGCGCGGCACGCGCGGAGGCCGGCGCGGAGGGCGACGCGGACGGUGCCGCCAAAAACCCACCGCCCGGCCGCAAACCCGCGGCGCGGCGGCGCAAGCGGCGGAGCUCCGACGACGACGACGACAGCGACGACGACGGCUUCCUGAGCGACGCCAGCGACGACUGGCGGCCCGACGGCGACGGCGACGGCGACGGGGGCAGGGCGAGCGGCGGGGCGAAGAAGCCGGCGGCGAAGCGGGCGCCGCGGCGGCCGAGGGACACGGGCGCCAAGCGCGCCAAGACGGAGGUGGCGCCGAAGGCCAUCGUCACCGACGACUUUGACAUCGACGACUUUGGCAUUGAGGCCCUCACACGCACGGCGGCGAGGCCCACCGCCGCCAUCGCCACAUCAGCGGCAACGGCGGUUGCACCGCGGCAGGUGAAGGUGCUUGACGAGGACGCGGACGACGAUCUUGUGCUGCUUGGCGUCAGUAACGUGGAGCAGAAGAAGUCGGCUCCCGCGCCAGCGGCAAAGCGGCCGCCCGCACGGCUGCAGAAGCCGCAGGCUUCCAGGAAGCGGCGCCGCGGCAGCAGCAGCAGCGAUGAAGACUCUUUGUCUGACGAGGAGGACGAGGAUGAUGCGGCGUCGAGCGACUCCUCCUCGUAUGACUUCAGUGAUUAA